GGACCUUAGCUUUUUCCCGACAUGCGCCAUUGAAAACAAACGUAGCAGAAUCGGCGGCGCGCUGAUACAUUUUCGAUAGCAACGAGUUAGCGUGGAUUGUUUCGUCUUUAAUAAAGUCCGCGACGCGUUAGUGAACAAUGGAGACUAUUCUGGAGCAGCAGCGUCGCUACCACGAAGAGAAAGAGCGGCUAAUGGACUCCAAGACGAAAGAGAUGUUACACAAAAAGUCCACGCUGCGGGAACAGAUUAACUCCGACCACCGAACAAGAGCCAUGUUGGACAGGUAUAUGGAAGUGAGCGGAAAUCUCAGAGACUCAUAUGAAGACAAAGAUGGAAUGAGAAAAGAUGAACUUGCUGCGAUCUCAGGACCCAAUGAGUUUGCAGAGUUCUACAAUAGACUGAAACACAUAAAGGAGUUUCACAGAAAGCACCCGAAUGAGAUCGCCAUUCCCAUGUCUGUAGAGUUCGAGGAGCUGAUGAAGGCCCGAGACAACCCCAGCGAGGAGGCCCAGAACCUGGUGGAGUUUACUGACGAGGAAGGAUACGGCCGCUACCUUGACCUCCACGACUGCUACCUGAAGUACAUCAACCUGAAGGGAGCCGAGAAACUCGAGUAUAUCUCCUACCUGUCUUCAUUCGACCAGCUUUUUGACAUCCCCAAGGAAAGGAAGAAUGCCGAAUACAAAAAGUAUUUAGAGAUGCUGCUGGAGUAUCUGCAGGACUACACUGACCGGGUCAAACCUCUGUUGGACCAGAAUGAGCUCUAUGGAAAAGUGCUGAUAGAAUUUGAAAAGAAAUGGGACAAUGGGACCUUUCCAGGCUGGCCUAAAGAGACGAGCAGUGCUUUGACACACGCUGGAGCUCAUCUGGACCUCUCUGCUUUUUCUUCUUGGGAGGAGUUGGCGUCUUUGGGUUUGGACAGAUUGAAGUCUGCCCUCAUGGCGUUGGGACUGAAAUGUGGAGGGACUCUGGAGGAGAGAGCUCAGAGGCUCUUCAGCACAAAAGGCAAAUCCCUGGAAUCGCUGGACCCGUCCCUGUUUGCCAAGAACCCCAAAGCCAAAGGCCCUAAAAAAGACACGGAGCGUAACAAGGAAAUUUCCUUCCUGGAAGCUCAAGUCUAUGAAUACGUGGAGAUCCUCGGGGAGCAGAGGCAGCUGACUCACGAGAACGUCCAGAGGAAACAGGCCAGGACCGGAGAGGAGCGCGAGGAAGAGGAGGAGGAGCAGCUCAGCGAGAGCGAGAGCGAAGACGAGGACAACGAGAUCAUUUACAACCCCAAGAACCUGCCGCUGGGCUGGGACGGCAAGCCAAUUCCUUACUGGCUCUAUAAACUCCACGGGCUGAACAUCAACUACAACUGCGAGAUCUGCGGAAACUACACUUACAGGGGACCCAAGGCCUUCCAGAGGCACUUUGCGGAAUGGAGGCAUGCUCACGGGAUGCGCUGCCUGGGAAUCCCCAACACCGCUCACUUCGCCAACGUCACACAGAUCGAGGACGCCGUCUCUUUGUGGGCGAAGCUGAAGUCCCAGAAGGCGUCGGAGCGCUGGCAGCCGGACACGGAGGAAGAGUACGAGGACUCGAGCGGCAACGUGGUCAACAAGAAGACCUACGAGGAUCUGAAGAGACAAGGCUUGCUGUAGAUUGAGGAGCGCACGAGUCACGCGGGACAAAAAUGGAACGAAAUCCACAACAAGUAACGAGCGUCCUUUUGAGAUUUGGGAUGUUUUGCAUCACCCACGUUUCUUUUUAUUUGUAAGUAGUAAUGUUGUUUUACAGACUUUGUAACGUCGUAACCAUUGAUCACUAUAAUAAACGGAGUACUUUUUGUCACCGCC